UGGCGACACAGGCCUGGAAUGAAGGCCUUAUUCGGUGAAGGCGUCUUCUGAAACAAACAACAGCAACCACAGAGCACAACACCGGUGCCACCGCGAAGGCUUGCUGCUUGUUGGAUGGCGGCCACAGACAACUCACCCGCUCUGGUCCGUCACGACAAGAACUCUGGAGCGAGCGGGUUAAUCAAAGAUGGUGAUCUGCAUUGAUGUCGUGCUAUAUCCAGCGGCAACAGCGCUUUUCGUGGAGGUGCAGUAGCGAGCAGAGUGGAAGAAACCUUGAAAACUCGUAAGAAACAUGGCAGAAACGUUCACCGCCUCGGGAGAUGAAGGGUAGAUCCGAUCGAUAAGAUGGGUUGUCUUUCGGCUAUUUUUGUACGGUCCGAUGACAGUCGCGACUGCCACAAUAUUCAUGGACGCAAGUACUUGGGAAAUACAGAUCGAAAUCUAGUGGGAACACAAGCUCGCACUGUCAAUGUUUUAUCAACUACAUUGAUGCUCUUCCUUAGAUGCUCUCACGCAUACACUACCAAAAUUUACACGCCGAAGUGCGACAGAAGGACCUAUGCCAUGUACGACAGAAUUGUCGUCGUUGGCCUUUAUCCGCAAGACACGACUUCUCGAGACGAAUGGACUUUUGCAACGUUCAUGAAUAGCUUCAACUUUGACACAUACAAGUGGGGUGGUAUGGACAGUUCUCCUUUAUCCCACUCCGCACCCCUCACGGCUAAUACCUGGAAUGGCCAAGACUGGCAACAACUGACGAGACUGGGUGCUGGAAUAUUGGCGAUUCACGCGGUUUAAGCAUCCAUGGAAUCUAGAGCGAGCUGAAUCG